ACGCAUGUUGCACGCAGGUAUCCUCUUCCAUUUCUGGCAGCCAUUCUCCACUUUUUCCUGAAGACUCGGCUACAUCAGAGGUCUUUUCAAUUUGCUCUCGUGGCAGUCCCCCAUCUAUCACAGCCUCAUCAAGAAGGUUAUGCCCUUCUUCUGCUCCAGCCUGGAAAAUUACUGUGCCGGAAUUUCUGCUUCAAAGCAAGUAACCUAACAUAUGGUUUUUGUAAGGCUUCAAUUAUUGCCCGAUUCCCUCCAUCAUCGGCGGUUACAUCAGUUGUCUCGGCAACUCUCUUCACUACACGCACAGCCAGUUUAUCGAGCUUUGUCAUCUGGAUAUUCUUCCUCUUCACUCUGUUCCAAAAAAUCACAAUAAUUUCGGACAGAUCCGUCGCUGGGUAAAUAUGAUGGCAGGUGCUUCGUUGA